ACCAGGAAACUUUGGGGCUCCUGGGCGCCGGGGCGUCGACGCUAGACCCAGCGGACGCCGCGAUGCGCCCCGCGGGCUGAGGGCAGAGGAUGAGGUCGCGGCCCUGCGCGCCCGGCCGGGCGAUCCGUGGGGUCGCCCCCACGGAAAGUUGGCGCGCACCUGCCCGCGCCCGGAAGACGCUUGGUCCGUGGGUGGAACUGCCCCCCCCCUGCCAAGUUUCUUUGACAAUUUCUUACCCCCAGUGGAUGGGGCAUCUGGGACCCCGCGUGGCCCCCGGUUCACGGAUUCCGGUCGCUGCGGGAGAGAAACCCGCGCUUUUCUAAGAGACCUACGCGGUAACUGAUGCUUAAUCCAUUAGCCCUGAAUGGUUGCGAUUCUAUUUUUUUUUUUUUUUUCUGCUUUUCUUCUUCCUCCAGACAGUGAGUUUGUGGAAGAAGCCUCAUCCGCGCCCUACAGCCCCGAGGAGUUAGGUCCCCCUCCUGCCUGUUACAGCCCCAGUAGUCCCAUCCAGAUUCUGGAAGACCCCAACUACUUUUUCCCAGACUUUCAGCUCUAUCCUGGGAGGCAUGAAGCAUCUUUGACGGUGGAGGCAAACAGUAGCAUCAGGGAAAAAGUUGUUGAGGAUCCUCUUUGUAACUUCCACCCGCCGAACUUCCCGAGGAUCUCAGAGGUGGAAAUGAGAGGUUCCGAGGAUGCGGCAGCUGGAACAGUGUUACAGCGGCUGAUCCAGGAGCAACUGCGCUAUGGUACCCCGACCGAGAACAUGAACUUGCUGGCCAUUCAGCACCAGGCCACAGGGAGUGCAGGACCAGCCCACCCCACAAACAACUUUUCUUCCACGGAAAACCUCACUCAAGAAGACCCACAAAUGGUCUACCAGUCGGCACGCCAGGAACCGCAGGGUCAGGAACACCAGGUGGACAACACGGUGAUGGAGAAACAGGUGCGGUCCACGCAGCCUCAGCAAAACACCGAGGAGCUGCCCACGUAUGAGGAGGCCAAGGCGCAGUCCCAGUUCUUCCGGGGGCAGCAGCCGCCGCCACCGCAGCAGCAGCAGCAGCAGGGGGCCGUGGGUCACGGCUACUACAUGGCCGGGGGCGCCAGUCAGAAGGCGCGGACUGAGGGCAGGCCCACGGUGAACCGCGCCAACAGCGGACAGGCGCACAAGGACGAGGCGCUGAAGGAACUCAAGCAGGGCCACGUCCGCUCUCUCAGUGAGCGGAUCAUGCAGCUGUCGUUGGAGAGGAACGGGGCAAAGCAACACCUCCCUGGCCCAGGGACCGGAAAGGGGUUCAAGGCGGGCGGGGGGCCCUCCCCAGCCCAGCCUGCAGCUAAAGUGCUGGACCCCCGAGGUCCUCCACCCGAGUACCCCUUCAAGACCAAGCAAAUGAUGUCCCCGGUGGGCAAGACCCAGGAGCAUGGACUUUUCUACAGUGACCAGCACCCGGGGAUGCUCCACGAGAUGGUCAAGCCUUACCCUGCUCCCCAGCCUGCGAGGACAGAAGUGGCCGUCCUGAGGUACCAGCCACCCCCAGAGUAUGGGGUAACGAGCCGCCCCUGCCAGCUUCCUUUCCCAUCAACGGUGCAGCAGCACAGCCCGAUGUCCUCCCAGAACUCCUCCGUCAGCGGGCCGCUGCACUCGGUGUCCCUGCCACCUCCACCUCCGAUGACCCUGGCAGCCUCGCAGCCCACGCCAGCCGCCUCCCCCAGCCAGCAGCUUGGUCCGGAUGCAUUUGCGAUCGUGGAGCGAGCCCAGCAGAUGGUGGAGAUCCUAACGGAGGAGAACCGGGUGCUGCACCAGGAACUUCAGGGUUACUACGACAACACCGACAAGCUCCACAAGUUUGAAAAAGAACUUCAGAGAAUCUCGGAAGCCUAUGAGAGCCUGGUCAAGUCUACCACCAAGCGAGAGUCGCUGGACAAGGCGAUGAGAAACAAACUCGAAGGCGAGAUUCGAAGGCUCCAUGAUUUCAACAGAGACCUCCGAGAUCGACUGGAGACUGCCAACAGGCAGCUGUCCAGCAGGGAGUAUGACGGACACGAAGACAGAGCGGCCGAGGGGCUUUACGCUUCCCAGAACAAAGAAUUCUUGAAGGAAAAGGAGAAGUUAGAAAUGGAGUUAGCGGCAGUGCGGACCGCGAGUGAGGACCACCGGAGACACAUCGAGAUCCUCGACCAGGCUCUGAGCAACGCCCAGGCCAGGGUCAUCAAGCUGGAAGAGGAGCUCCGAGAGAAGCAGGCAUACGUGGAGAAGGUUGAGAAGCUGCAGCAGGCCCUGACCCAGCUGCAGUCCGCGUGUGAGAAGCGGGAACAGAUGGAGCGGAGACUGCGCACCUGGCUGGAGAGGGAGCUGGACGCCCUGAGGACCCAGCAGAAACACGGAAACGGCCAGCCAGCCAGCCUGCCGGAAUACAAUGCCCCGGCCCUCAUGGAACUCGUAAGGGAGAAGGAAGAGCGGAUCCUGGCGCUGGAGGCUGACAUGACCAAGUGGGAGCAGAAAUACGUAGAGGAGAGCGCCAUCCGGCACUUCGCCAUGAACGCUGCAGCCACUGCAGCGGCCGAGAGGGACACCACGAUCAUCAACCACUCGAGGAACGGCAGCUAUGGCGAGAGCUCGCUGGAGGCCCACAUCUGGCAGGAGGAGGAGGAGGUGGUGCAGGCCACCAGGAGAUGUCAGGACAUGGAGUACACUAUUAAAAAUCUCCAUGCCAAAAUCAUAGAGAAGGAUGCCAUGAUUAAGGUCCUCCAGCAGCGAUCCCGUAAAGACGCCGGGAAGAUGGACUCCUCCAGCCUGCGGCCCGCUCGCUCUGUCCCGUCCAUCGCUGCAGCCACUGGGACUCAUUCCCGCCAGACCUCGCUCACCAGCAGCCAGUUAGCCGAGGAGAGGAAGGAGGAGAAGACCUGGAAGGGGAGCAUAGGGUUGCUGCUGGGGAGGGAGCCCCACGAACACGCAUCCACCCCCGUGCUGCCCACCCCUCCUGCCACAGCGCUAUCUCCUGCGGCCCUUGCCACCUCGGCCAGCAGCGCCCACGCGAAGACAGGCAGCAAGGACAGCAGCACACAGACGGACAAGAGCGCCGAGCUCUUCUGGCCCAGUGUGGCCUCCCUGCCCACGCGCGGCCGGCUGAGCGGAACCCCUUCCAACAGCCCGGUCCUGAAGCACCCAGCGGCCAAGGGCACGGCAGAGAAGCUGGAGAAUUCGCCUGGCCACGGGAAGUCACCUGACCACAAGGGUCGCGUCAGCAGCCUGCUCCACAAGCCCGAGUUCCCUGACGGGGAGAUGAUGGAAGUUCUCAUCUAACACCGGCAUCCCUGUUGAAUUUUGCAACAGAACAUUGACAAGCAAGGAACGUGGCAAAGGGAAAGAAAGAUCAAGAAGGUUGUGGACGGGAAAUCAGGAAUAAUUUGAACUGAUCAGGAUUUCAGAGUAAUGAGAACACUUUUUAUAAAUGUUAAAAACCAAACAAAACAAAAACAGGAGACCUACAUGACUGAAAAUGAAGACGAUGUCGUGGAUUUUUACUGCUUAUGGUGGAAGAGAGAGGAUGCAUGUAGGUUUGGAAACAAAGAAGAAAUAGGAAAUGGAAUUUUUCCGUUGUACAGAAAAUGUAUCUCUUGGGGAGGGUCUGUGUACACCCAUUCUCUGGUUAUAAACAGAUAAACCUGAGCAUGGAUCUUCCUUGAAA